GUUGGUUCAUACUCAUUUUUAUACUUAACAUGUUUUUUGUUAUAUGACUGGCAUGUAUCUUCUUCUAAAUAUAAGGACAUAGUUUAAACCAUAAAGUUCUAUAUUCAAACAUUCCCUACUCUAUAUUUCAAAUGGCAUAGACCUUUAACACGGAUCAAGGCAAUAUGGCACAGAAAAAUGGAUUGGUUUGAAUAACGUGACACAAUUUGAAAAAGAAGUGUUAAAGUGUAAUUGUAUACUCAUUUCAUAAUGGCAGAACUUUUAUCCGUACACGUUCAUAUUCCCCGGAAAGAUGACAUUUGGCAGUUAAAGUCACAAAGUGGAUUAAGUAGAAAUUCUAGCGCACCACAGUUUGACAAGCAAAAAUAUGACCUCCCAAAGAAAAGAAACUUAGAUAUAGAGUUUAAGGAUCUUAAAUACACAGUAAAAGAUGGGCAUCAUAAGAAAGGUCAGAAAGAAAUACUCAAGACUAUAUCUGGGCGUUUCAAAUGCGGGGAGUUGACAGCAAUUAUGGGGCCGUCAGGGGCCGGCAAGAGUUCCCUUAUGAAUAUUCUGGCUGGUUACAGAAUAUCUGGAGUAGAGGGUGACAUUUUGGUGAGGGGUAAACCGAGAAAUUUGAGAACAUUUAGAAAAUACUCAUGUUAUAUUAUGCAAGAUGACCAUUUACUGCCACAUUUGUCCGUAGAGGAAGCUAUGAUGUGCUCAGCCAAUCUGAAACUUGAAGAGAGCAUGCCACAAGCAGAUAAAGAAAAAGAGGUACAUGACAUAUUGGAGACUCUAGGACUGUCGGAACAUAAGAAGACAAGGGCGAGUAAUCUGUCUGGAGGUCAAAGAAAACGAUUGUCCAUUGCCCUCGAGAUGGUCAAUAACCCACCUAUAAUGUUCUUUGAUGAACCAACAAGUGGAUUAGACAGUUCAGCGUGUUUUCAGUGUAUAUCACUACUGAAGAAUUUAGCAGCUGGAGGCAGGUCUAUCAUCUGUACCAUACAUCAACCUAGUGCAAAACUUUUUAUGAUGUUUGACCAUUUAUACAUGUUAGCAGCUGGGGAUUGUGUGUAUAAAGGUGGAGUGAAACAGUUACUGCCUUAUUUAAAGUCAAUGGGUCUAGAAUGUCCACCAUAUAAUAACCCUGCUGAUUAUGUAAUGGAACUAGCUGCUGGUGACAGUGGAGAAGAAAAUGUUGACAUGUUGAAAAACUCUGUCAGGUCUGGUAACCUGGACAAGUUUAUAGUCAAUGAAAUUUCAAAUAACUCUAAGAGAUCAUCAAAUACAAGUAUAUCCACAGACAGUGAUUUGAGUAAUUGUAUUCAAGUAGAUGCGAAUGAAAGUACGCAACUUCUUACUGUCACCAACGGCACUGCCUCAUAUUUACCAGCUGAUGACUUUAUAAGAGAUGAACAAGACAGAAAUUCUGAGAGUGCGUCGCAAAGUUCAAGUGUUGCAACGACACCUGGGAGCCAAUCUCAAGCAUCGUGCUCGACUGACACGGAGUGUGAUUCCUCAUUGACAGAGGAGAUGGGAGGUGACCAAGAAUGCCACACUUUCAACACAUCAUGUUUUACACAGUUCAAGAUUCUCUUUAUACGAACAUUUAUGUCUAUAAUGAGAGAUGAGACAUUGACAAGACUGAGGUUAAUAUCUCACCUGUGUAUGGGCAUUUUGAUUGGUCUGCUAUAUUUAGGUAUUGGUAAUGAAGCCACCAAAGUUCUGAACAAUGCUGGAUGUCUGUUCGUCUGUAUGCUGUUCUUAAUGUUCUCAGCUUUGAUGCCCACAGUACUGACCUUUCCCAUGGAAUUGACAGUGUGUGUCAGAGAACAUUUGAAUUACUGGUACAGUCUGAAAGCUUAUUACCUGGCUAAAACCAUGGCUGAUAUGCCUUUUCAGAUUAUAUUUCCUCUAAUAUACGGCAGUAUAGUUUAUUGGAUGACAUCACAGCCCAGUGAUUUUAUGAGAUUUGUUAUGUUUCUGACAUUAGCGACACAAACAUCGUUAGUGGCACAAUCUCUUGGUUUACUUAUAGGAGCUGCAACAUCUUUACAGGUUGCAGUAUUUUUGGGACCAGUUACGGGUAUACCUCUACUACUGUUUAGUGGAUUUUUCAUCAACUUUGACACAAUACCUAUUUAUCUGCAGUGGAUCACUUAUAUGUCAUACAUAGGGUAUGCAUUUGAGGGUGUCUUACAAGCUGUGUACGGUUUCGACAGAGAGGCACUGGAGUGUGAGAAAGCUGCACAGAGUCCGGAAUGUCGGUAUAUAGUGUCGGAAAAUGUCCUCACAGAUCUUGACGUAAGCAACGCCAAAUUUUACAUAGACUUUAUUGCGCUGUGCGUGUUUUUCAUUGUACUGCGGGUCAGCUGUUACUUUGUACUACGUUGGAGAGUUAAAGCUCAGAGAUGAGAAAAAAAACAAAAAACUUAUGUUCUUUUGUUUUCUGGAUAUUGUUGAAGAAAAACAAAACUUUGAACAAGGAAUAAGAAAUGGGAUGUUGUGGAAGAUACAUGUAGGAAGUGUUGUAUACAAGCCCAUUUAUCAAAGAGAGACAAUUGUAAAUAGACAUAUAUUAAAUGUUGUUGAUAAAGGUACAUUUAUAUAAGAAAACAAAACACAACAACUACAAAUGUCAUAUUUUAAUAUAUCAAACCUGUUGACUUUCCAGUAAUAAUUGUGAUAUUUACCGUUAGCUGUUCUGUCUAUGCAGUGAAGAAGUAUUUAUGUGGUUUUAGGGGAAAAAAAUAACAGGAGACCAAUUAUAUGCUUUAGCUAUGAUAUCAUUGGUUACAUUCAAACUUAGGUUUUUGAAAUCCUCCAAUCACAUUUGAGGUUGACUUAUGACUGGAUACAUUGAGGAUUAAAGGCGAGAAUAUAUUUUGUAUGGACAAACCAAAUUCAUGUAACCCAUGCCAGAAUGCAAACACUUUGCCUGAAGUUAUUUACAAUCUCUUUAUAAAUUAAAGAACAGUCAUUCUUUUUACAUCAACUUUUUUUGGCUUACUUUAACAAAUGAUAUCACUAAAACCAAACUGCACAGGCAGUGAAUUGGGUAGAAGAAAAAACAAUUGUCUCCACAUUUUAUGAAUUGUAUGUGAUAGUUAUGGUAAAUUUGAUGUUGCUGUUUUAUUUGAAGUAGGUAUUAAGAGGACAGAGGUUUGGAAGUAAACUUGCAAAAUAAAUUAAAAAAUAUAUACAUGUUAGAAUAAAUCUGUUGGUUAUCUAUUGAAAGUUUACAUUAAUGUUUUCCAAUGGUUAUUUGUUAAUGUUUUUAUUUUUCUUGAGAAAAAGUGCCCUUCUUGUAGGUUGAAGUUGGUUGCUGAAAAAUACACCUUAUUUCUAAGUAGAUGUUGUUGAAAAAGUAUAGCCCUUAGACACACACAUUUCCCAUAGGGCUUAUAAUUAUCCAUUGUUAUUUAAAAUUCAAACUGAUAACAUUCAGUGCAGAAAUUUUAAAUUGAAAGUUUAUUUAAUUGUAAUCAUAUUUUGCUAAACUUCAACUUCUAAUCAAUGUUUUGUUUUCAAUAUGUUGUUUAAACAUAUAGAUAUUAAUUUUUAUCAAUAAUAAAUGUAUUUUUAUAUAGAUUGAAAUUUUAAUUUACAAAAAAAGAAAGGAUAACAAACUUGAUACAGAGUAGAACAAAGAUUUCAUAUAUUGUAAAUGAUGGUUUUGUGGUUGGUCUUUAGUUUGAAAAGUCCGAUGUUUUUCCAUUAAUUGUUAAAGAUGUAUAUAUUUAUCACUUUUACCUUUUGAUAGAUAAAAUAUACCUGAUAAUACAUGACAUGUUUGUUGGCUAUAUAUGCUAUAUAUUAUAUAUGUAUGUACAUUAAAGCUCUGCUAAUCUCAUCAUUAGAAUAUUUCAAAAUCUUGUAAAAUUAAGCAAUUAUACUUACAAAUAACUUGAAUAUAUAGCAAAGUUUAAAGACCAUUCCACCAUCAAGGUCAUAAUUAGAAUAUUUCAAAUCAUGCAGGAUUUAGCAAUUAUACUUAACAAAGGUCUGUAAUAUACAGCAAAGUUUAAACACCAUUCCACAAUCAAGGUACACUGUUGUGGUCUAAUUAGCAGAGCUUUAUUCUAGUUUGCUGUGGUGUAUGUUUUGGGAUUCUCUUAAGAUUUUAUGUUUGGAAUUGAUUAGUUGUAACUAUGUGUUCAAUUUCAUUUCUUGGUAAUAUUGUCACAUUAGUGCAAUAAUAGGUUAACUAAAUUAAAAUUUAGAAGGACUUAACCUGUUACCGCCAUAAGAUGACAAGUCAUGUAAUUUUGUAGCAGUUUAAGUGGGUGAUACAGUUUUAAAAAGUAAAGCGUGCCCAUCUCUUUUAUGUUUUUUUGUGAAGAAAUUUUAAAUUUAGUUGAGUCAUCCUGCUAAUAGUGAUGCUAUAGAUAUCUGAUCUGGAUCCAAGGUUAAUAAGAACUUUUCUCCGCUCAAUCUCAGUUCUUAGUAUUUGAUUGGUCAGAAACUGACAGUUCUCAAGUAUCUGAUUGGUCAGAAUCUUGCGCAGGAUAUUCAAUAACCAAUGGAAAUUUACAACAUAGGACCAAACCAAUGACCCCCUGGAUUAAAAAUCCAGUGGUUUCCUUAUUGAGCUAAGAGGGCGGAUAUUUAAAUGUUAAGAUUUUAAGAUUUUGUGAUAACUUUCUAUUAUUUAUGUUAUUAAUUUUUAGGGCAUAAUGGAAAUUAUUAACACAAAAAACAAGGAGUAAUAUGUUUUGGACAAUCUUUUAUUGUUUUGUAAAUAAUAUUUUGUUUCUUCAUUUGGGUAGAUUUAUUAUAUAGGUUUACUAUUACGUUAUGUUGUACAUAAUAUGUUAUGUUUAAUGUUUAAGUUGUUAGAAAAAAGUCACAUGAUUCAGGUCAAUGUCUUAUAUCUAUAUAUUCUAGGUUUCCCGGCAACAUUGUUGUAAAUUAUUUCAUAAAGUUACUUCCCUUUGAUACUGUUGUCAGGGACAUUGAAUAUGACUGUGGGCAUGUGAAAUUGUUUUAAAAAUGUUAAGUUGUGAAAAGAGUGUAUCCUAUCUAGGUUUAAAAUGACCUUUGAAUGGUGAAAAGAUUCACAAAUAAUAUGAACAUUUAUGAAAGUGUGUAUUUUCUAUAUUUAGAACUUUGUUAUGUGUUUUUUAGUUGUGUUUUUUCUUUCUUUUCCAUAAAAUGGCAUAAGACAGGAUAAAGCUGUAAUCCACCAUUAAAAUUUUUACAUUUACAAGGGACAUGCUUUCCCUUGAUAGUAAUUAAUAACCUGUACCACCAGUAUUGAGUGCUAAGGGAGAUAAUAACAUCUGAUCAUGUUACCAGUAUAGAACCAGGCCAGUCUGCUUUUCUAAUUAUUAAAUUGCUGACUAAACAAUUUUAGUAAUUUGAUACUGAUUUUUUCCCAAUUUUAAUGCACAGUUUAAAAUUCAAAGCAAAUUGAGAACGAGAAAAUGCAUGCCUACUUCUGUAAAAAGAGAAUUCUACAAUACCUCAGGUUGUAAAUGGAAUAUACAUCAUGUAAAAGUGUAUUUUUGUUAUUUUAGUAUGUAUAAAAGUUUGAAAAAUAUAGAAUUAUUUAUUUAAAAGCACAUUAUGCCUCAGAAACAAAUAUUUUUUUCCCUUCUUUAGAAAAGGUAAAAUUUAGUUUUAUAACGUUCAAAUAGCAGCUUUAGAGCAUGUUAAAUGCUAUUUAUCUGUAGAAAUUAGCCCUUAAUGUGGACUUGUUUGUCAUAUAAAUAGCAAAAUGUAAAUAAAGUAGUAUUUUGACUUCCAUACAAAAUUCUAAAUCACUCUAACUGUACUAAUUGCAAAACAGCAAAAGAUAGUUCUGGUAAUUGGCAAGUGAGUAUCUUUUUUUUUAGAAACUGUAAUAGGACACAAAAAAAGCUUUUAAGAAAUAAUAAUAUAAAAAAAACAACAUUUCUGUGGCAUAAUGGGCCUUUAAAUACGGAGAAUAUAAGAGAUCUGAGAUUGUUCAAUAUCUAUAACGUAAA